GCGCGCUCAUUUACCUUACCGGAGUUUUUCUGACUUGCCUUUCCGUGAGUUGUCAAUUCGUAAAAUGGUAUUGUACCACAGGUAUCCAUUUUAUUUCGGAUACGAAAAACCAUGCGCGACAUAAUUCUGAAAGACUCUCCAAGCCUAAUCAUAUGCUCACAGCUCACAGUCCAUGGUGAUCGCCGCCGUCCGGGAAAAGUGCCAGCGCACCGGUGACCGCCACGUUGACUCUCCUCCAUUCAUAAAUCUUCUUCUCUCUCUCAAUCGACUCUCCUUCUGAAAACAAGUAUGGCGGGAAGAUUCGACCCAAACAAAGCUCAGAACGCUGUUGAAAUCGAAAAACAAUUCGCCGUAAGAGCUGUCGAACAAGCUCAAACAUACUGGAAUCUCCUAGAAAAAGUUUCCCCCAGAGAUCUCAAAUUGACCAAAUUGGACGACGAGAUCUACGAGGACACGAUGGCAACAUUCCCUGAACUUGCUGAACCGCCGCACGAAAAGCUUACCAAGCUAGACGAAGACUGGAUGAAGAGUCCUGAAGGGAAAGAGAGCUGGAGAAAUUUCAUUAACCGAUACGAGAAGAAAGUCCAAGAAUACAACUUUGGAUCUCUUAUCCGUACGGACGCGAGGGAGGAGUAUGGCGAGAAAAACACGAUCUUCGUUACGCGUAUACAGUUCUACGCUAUCGAAAUCGCGCGAAACAGACUAGGCCUCAACGAUAAAGCCCAUGAAAUUGCCAAAGCUGAAGCUGAGAAGGAGAGGUUGGAGAAGGAGAAGGCUGAGAAGAAGACUAAGAAGCAGUAGAAAUGAGAGAUCUCUCCGAUGAGAGAGUUGGUGGUGGUGGCGUCGUGUAGUUUUCUUCGUUGGGAGAAAAGGGAUGAUUUUUUUUGCAAUUUGGAUUUCGCUCUACCUAUUUUUUUUUACAUUGUGGAUAAAGAACAAAAAGAAUGCGAAGAUGAAAGUAUAAAGUUGCAUCUUGUUUGAUACCGGGAACUAGAUGCCAGUGUUCGGACUGGAUAUCGGUAUAUUAUGAAAGACC